AACUGUUCAUUGGACCCCUGGGGUACAUAUUUAUGGUGUUUUAUCUUGGAACCUAAUGAUAUGUGGGAGAUAAGGUUCUGACAUUUGAAAGCUUUUGGGUGAUUUUUAGAAAUAUCAUCAAAAUCGCCAAGUUUAGGAAACCUUUGUGGCUUGAUACUUUGGAGUAAAAAGGCAUGUGUACCCAUUUUGUAUUCAGGGGAAUGUGUACUUUCCAAAAAUAUAUGGUUUAUGGGGUGAGCUUAAUUGUUUGUAGCUUUAUUCCACAUAAAAUAAUGGAAAUGUGUUGAUUUUACAGGAGCAGAAAUGAUAGAAAUUAUCUUCACCUUGGGCCCCCUAAAAGCCACCUACUUAGGAGCAAAGGGAAACUUACAGUGACCAGAAUUAGAUUGGCUGCAACACGUGGGGAGACACAGGUGGGAUCUGCCAACUUUGUAAGCCGACUCCUCUCUAGGCUACAGGAACUAUGGGUUGCGACUGCAGAAAAUUCUGCAUUGCUAUAAGCGAUGGCGGCUGCGGAUCUGAGAGACGAGCUGAGCUGCUCCAUCUGCCUGAGCAUUUAUACUGAUCCGGUAUCCCUGCCCUGUGGCCACUACUUCUGCCGGGGCUGCAUUGGGAGAACAUGGGACACCCAGGAGGAGACUUUCCUUGAAAAUCCUUCUUGCCCUGAAUGCAGAGAGAGAUUUAAACGGAGACCUGAACUGGCAACAGCCUGGAAGCUACGUGGCAUGGUGGAGCGGUUCUGUUCGACUGAGACAGAGCCGGGGGAGACUGGGAUCUUCUGCACUUACUGUCUCCUCUCUCCUGUACCUGCUGCUAAAUCCUGUCUGCACUGUGAGGCUUCUCUGUGUGAUACCCACCUGAGGGGGCACUGCCAGUCAGCAGAACAUGUACUCACUGAGCCCACCGCUUCCUUUAUGGAGAGAAAAUGUUCUGCCCACAAUGAGCCCCUAAAGUAUCACUGCUGUGAGGAUGGGGCCCCUAUCUGUGCCUCCUGCUGCCUGGCCGGGGGCCACCGGGGCCACAGGGUGGAGCUGCUGAGUGAGGCCUCUGAGAAGAAGAAAGAGAAACUGAGGAAAGUUCUGGAGAAACUGAGCCCAGAGAGAGAGGAGACCGAGAGAGGAGCCCAGAGGCUGCAGGAGCGCAGGAGAGAACUAGAAGAAAAAGCCGCCAUUGAGACAGAGAGAGUCACUGCCCUGUUUAGGGGCAUCAAGGAAGAGCUGGAAGCCCUAGAGAAGCGACUCCUGAGUGACAUCUCCAGGCAGAAAGAGGAGCUCUCACUCACACUCACUGAGCUGAUCCAACAGCUGGAAAUAAAGAAGGACGAGCUGUCCAGGAAGAUCCGGCACAUUGAGGAGCUGUGCAACAUGGCAGAUCCACUCACUGUCCUACAGGAACAAUGGGAAUCAGAUGCCUUUUGUGGGGCUGAGGGGGCA